AUGACUGGCUGGACUGGGAGUAGUGAGAUUAGGUUCAGUUUAGGCGGUGUUGUGUUUUGUUUGAUUCUUGCAAGAAAAACUGAGGCAAAAAGUAUUAAUAUGGCUGCGUUUUAUGGAUAUUUGCUGGUUUUGGAGGUAUUAGAGAGGAUAGAUAUCCGACGCUCACAACGGAGGAUAAGAAGAAUGUUACGGGAUACUCAAAAUCCUUUUUCACUAAGUGAUGCUCAAUUUAGGCAGUAAUUCCGCCUUAAUAAACAAGCUGCCAAUUAUUUGAUAAGUAUAUUAGAACCAUAUUUGGAGGAGGUUUUUGUGCCUCUAGGAGACCCAAA